AUCCGCCCAUGCGCCAGUACAUCCGCCUCCGCGUUGCAUAGGCACGAUCUGACGGUUUCGGCGCCGCGGAAACUACGAAGACCGGUACAAGCGAGGAAGAGGAGGAGGAGGGUGCUCUGCGGUGUAUGAUUUUUGUGUGUGAUCGCGUGCGCUCGGUGAAGAUCCAUCGGCGGUCUCUCGUGCGGGAAUCGGGUCACAACGAUGGGCGGCUAUGUUAGCAGCAUCGCCUCGAUGUCAAACACGGCCGUGCACAGCGUGUACCGCGGCCGUAAGCGCAAGUACAUCGAGGAGUGCGACAGUGAAUCCGAAUCCGAUUAUAUCGAUCGCACCCUGCAAACCCCGAAAAAGAGAAAAUUGCUUACAACAGCGCAGUACAUAUAUAAGACCUUGUUUCUCGAAGAGAAAGGCAGUGACAUAACUGUCCUUAUACUUGGACGAGCAUGGAGAUUACACAAGGUCUAUAUUAGUCAGAGUCCCUAUUUUGCUAGUAUGUUUUCUGGUUCUUGGAGGGAGGCUAAUGAGAAGAUCAUUAACGUUGAAAUCGCAGACCCUAAUAUUACAUUGAAUUCAUUGUCGAUAGUUCUGGGCUCGCUCUAUCAUGAUGAAGUCAGUUUGGAGCCGAAACAAGUUGUCUCUAUCUUGGCGACUGCCACUCUGUUACAAUUGCAAGGAUUGAUCGACGAGUGUGCCGACAUCAUGAUACAGACAACGAAUAUCAAGACUGUAGUGCCGUAUUAUAAUGCGGCUGUGUCAUAUGGUGUACCUACGGUGAAGGCAGCUGCGAAACGUUGGUUGGAGGUAAAUCUAUUGGCCUACGGUUACCUACACCCUUCCUUCCUCAAAGAAAUCUCACCGGAGCUGAUGACAGACCUAAUCGCCAGUCCUGACUUAGUCGCCAUGCAAACAGAAUUUUGCAUAUACACGAUGCUACGUGUAUGGUUGUUCGCACAUACGCACAACGAGGAGGAGACGCUGCAGAUCGAAGAAUACUUCAAGAAUCACACGUGGACGCAGCCGUUUUUGACGACGAAAGAGGGAAAGCGAUUCGCAGCGCCUUUCAAGACGCUGAGGAUGAAGUAUUUGGUGUUGCACGAGCAAGAUGUCAAGCUCUUGUACAGUGAUAACUUGAUACCGCCUGAUUGGAUGCACGACGCCUAUAGAGAACAGUGGCUGCACGUGCUGAGAAUCGACGGACACGAGGAGAGAGGCCCGGUGCAAAUGACGGAAGAGGAAUUCUUCAGGGAGUGCUUCCGGUGCGGCAGAUGCAUCGAGAAACCGGGUGAGCACGUUUGGAGAUGGCGCGCUUUCCACUACGGACUGGACCUGGUGAUGGCGAUGGACAUGACGACUUUUUACAUCGAGAGAAGCAACCGAAUGGACUCGAAGCAUAUCAAGGCCAAUCACAAGGAACACAACAUAAUAUUAAAGAUCUGCUUGUUCUCAUUGGACGAGCAACGACAAGUCAAGCACAUUCAGAAUUCGGGUCUGCUCAGGUUGUGCGUGAAGAAAAAUAUGCAGCUGCAUUUAAUGACCUUGGACAAGCAACUGACCUAUCCUCUGUACGUGUCAGUCCGUCUGCAAGUAGUCACGCCGCUCGCGUCGAGCAAGAAAGAGAACGACAUCAUAUUCGUGGAUACUUAGCAUUUCGAGAAUGUAACGCCUCACAAUUGUGGAAAGAUAAAGGAUGUGGCGUUCACCAACUCAUCCUUUGUAACAUAUUCCAUUUGAUUACGAAUAUUAGGAUAAGCUCGUAGGCGUGCGUCAUUAUUGUUCGGCACAUGGCACUUAAAUUCUUGAGAUGCGAGAUACGGAUCUUCGGACGAAGAUACGAUGGUAUGUCUUUCUUCUUUUUUUCGCGGCCAUAUUAUAGACUGACCACAGUUUCACCGCGCUUCACCUUUCAACGGAGCAGAUUCCUCGGCAGAGUCGACUUUCUCUCGAACGAAGGUUACGUAUUUACGACACUUGACAGUGACAUUCGACUUUCGAAAUGGAAGUCGAAGAAGAGCACAGAUCGAAAGAGUACGAUAUCGUAUUCUACUUUAGAGAUUUGAAGCGACUCCUCUGUCUCAACGGGGGUUCCCACACGAACGUCGAAGAAUCUGCCGUCGAGGAGUGAGCGCGUUGAGAGCGGGACAUUCCGUACGCGCCUGUACAUCGAUACGUACCACAUCGGUGGUAUACGCGUUGUCUGCGAUGCAACCGGCAUUCUAACGGCAUUUUGUUAAGCUUUUUUUCAUUAGAUCGAUUUUAAUUGUUCUCCGCAUACCGACGCUACCGCGCGUAAUUUACACUGUAUCGAAGCGAGGAUUUCUUACAGUCGAGGUCUAACCGACUGGGUAGAAUUGCACAGAUGGUGAUCCGACGAUGAGUCGGAUCGCAAUGCUUAGUCGGAGUUCUAUCGGUACCUUUUCGCUACCAAGCUACAUUCGUUUUCAUCGUUUAAUUCGCACUAGCUUUGGCACACGCGCCGAACAGUGGUCGGCUAAAGUGUCGUUGGCGAGUGGCCCGAUUUCUUCGACGUCUGUUGACCUCGGUUCAACGAUCGAUCGGCUUCCUCUUGCCUUCUAUGGAUAGAAGGCGGCAAAAGACAAUGAAAGUGCAAAUAAACCGACAGUCGAACUCACAAGGGACGUCGAGGAAAACGGCGUUACAGGCGAGUAGAGUUACCUAAGGGACGAUGUGCGCACGUUUUUAGAAUAAGCGACAGCUCGUAGGUCUCUCUCUCUCUCUCUCUCUCUCUGCCUCUCUCUCUUUCCAUCUAUCUUUCUCUCCUAUCGCGAUCGAUAGUUUCCUUUUAUUUCUCACAACAUAGUUAGGUUAUUGUGUGCGCAUUCUUACAGUAUUAAUAUUUUUUCGUUCGCAAAGCUGCAUUUACAGAGGCGGGAAAGGCACUCGAAGGUUUUACGCUUUCACAUUAUAGUGUGUUCCGUAUACUGCGUUUUAUCUACGUAGACACUGUACACACACACACACACACAUUGCGGCAUUGUUCGAUUCGCAAAGCUACUAGGGCGAACGAGAGUCUUGUGUAUACUCGUGCUACUCAAGGGACCGAGUGAUCGAACGUUUUUUCGUCUUCCGAUCGGUAAAGGGUUUUCUUCGAUUCCGGUGCCUUUUUAAAACACAUCUACCUAUCUAUGCCCCCUACGUAUUUAAUCUACCUACGUACCGAAAGAGAAACUAACGCGUAACAAGCGAGCUAUAACUUUCUUAAUACACGUAAGACGAUAACUUUUGUAGGGAUAUUUUGUUUUGUAAAAGUUUUCUUACCACAAUCGUUCAGUAAUAUUGCAAUAAAAUCGUAAACACGCAA